AUGGACGAAUCAAUUUCAGCCGAGGUUUUAAUAUCUGGAAGGACGCGGUCUUACUGGGAGCAAGAAAAAAAUACGUGUGCACAAAAUACAGAGGUUUUUCGCGAAACAGGAAGCUCCCCAGCCUCACCUCCAGAGACCAUGAGCAUGCGCGGACGACCCAGCAGCGGCAGCGGCGCCGCCAACCCCCGGCUGUCCAACUCACUGCACCGCUGCGCCAUCGCGCUGUGCUCGAACCAGGCCGUGGCCGAGGGCGUGUGUUCCAUGCACCUGUCGCGCAACGGCCGCGUGAGCGGCGGCGGACAGGGCGCCGUCAUGGACAGCCGCGUCAUGGGCUCGCGCGGCCUGCCCCCGUCCUCUGGAGGCAUUGACGACGCCAUGGCCGACGACCGCUACUACCGCACCAGCGCGCACGCCGCCAUGCAGCCGCGCGGCGCCCCCACCACCAAGAAGCACAAGUCGUCGCCCGCUGAGCCCGUGAACCGCUACGUGAUGGACAACUCGGCGCCCAGCGGCGGCCUGACGCGCGAGAGCCUCAACGAAAUGGUGAACCAGAUGCAGUACUCCAAGAACAACAGCAUGUCGGCCUACGAGAACGACCCGUACGUGUCGGCCCAGGCCUCAAGCUCCACUAUCGGCUCGAACCGCUCCGAGUCGGACGGAUCCGUGGACGAGACCAACCUGCGCCGCGAGCGCAACCGCAUCGCCGCGCGCAAGAGUCGCCAGCGCAAGCUGGACCGCAUCUCGAACCUCGAGGACGAGAAGAUGCGCCUCGAGCAGCACCGCGACAUGCUGGUGCAGGAAAUCCGCAGUCUAGAGAAGAAGGACUCGGGCGUCGCCUCCAACGUGGUGCUGACCAUCACGGACAAGGAGUACCAGCAGCUGCAGAACAAGCGCCUGCAGAUCAUCAAGCACGUCGAGGAGGCCUACAACUCCGGCGACAUCCUGUCCACCGUCAAGUACUUCCGCGACGACUCGAUCGUCAGCGGCCCGCAGAACUCGUCCGUGCACCUGCGCGGCAAGGACGCGCUUGUGCUCGACUACCUGUGCACGACGUACCUGUUCGGUGACGUCCGUCUGCACCACGCCAAGGUGGACUGCGGCGGCCCGCGCAGCCAGCAUUUCCGCGUGCACUGGGCGCUGUCUGGCACGAUAAAGAGCGCCGGCGUGAGCAUGAACAAGGAGUUCCUGGAGCUCAUCGAGAGUGUGAAGGGUCGCCGCGUGACCAUUGAGGGCGUAAGCAACUUUUCCUUCAGCGGAGACAAGAUCGUGUACGUGCAUCGCACGGCCGACCAGGCCAAGUUCCUGUCUGCACUCGUCAACCUGAGCAAGCGGUAAGAUGCGGGGAGACGAUAGUCAGAGAGCACACUUGGAGGAGACGCCCCCCCCCCCUACCUAACCGACAAGCGGACAGGAUGAUGAAUGCAAACUAGCUAUAUAUGUGUAUUUGCCAGCAC